AUGGCUGAUGAAGCUAGUCAAAGAAUUGAACAAGAAGAACAGAAUGCUGCGAAAGCCGCAGCUGAUGAAAAUGUUCGCGAAUUCCGCAAAGAAAAUAGCGAACACAGUGAUAGCGAUGAUGAAGUAGUGAAACACACAUCGAAAUUACCAGAUUUAACCUCAUCUUCAAGUGGCAAAACGAAACGAGAACAGCCCGAAAUGAAUAUUCAACUUCAACGUUAA